UGUAAAAAGUGCACAGGUGCUCACAAUACAACCAGUUUCUGCUUACACGAGUCUAUGGCAAUCCUUUCAGUAUCGCGCCAGUAACAUUUCGUCCAACAACGUGAUUGAUCGUGUCGCAAACUGACAAUAGAGUAUCGUGAUUAUGUUUAGAAAUAUAUGUAGAGCUUCGAUUAAAUUUAAUGUAAGAUUUUAUUCGGGCGAAUUAUUGAGGAAAAGACCUCCGAAAAUUUUGAUUACCGGAGGACUUGGCCAAUUGGGUGUCGAGUGUGCUAAAUAUCUCCGUGGGAAGUAUGGCCAAAACAACGUCAUACUGUCAGACAUUAUUAAACCAACCGAAGAAAUCGUUAAGGACGGCCCUUACAUUUUCGUCGAUAUACUUGACUUCAAAGGACUUCAGAAAAUCGUAGUAGAUCACAGAGUCGAUUGGUUGAUUCAUUUCUCGGCUCUACUCAGCGCAAUAGGAGAACAAAACGUACCUUUAGCCGUAAGGGUCAAUAUAGAAGGCAUGCAUAAUGUCAUCGAGCUAGCUAAACAAUACAAACUUCGGAUAUUUGUUCCUAGUACGAUUGGAGCGUUCGGUCCUGAUUCGCCAAGAAAUCCAACGCCAAAUAUAACCAUCCAAAGACCGAGAACAAUAUACGGGGUGUCGAAAGUUCACGCGGAGUUGUUAGGAGAGUAUUAUUAUCAUAAAUUCGGACUAGACUUCCGCUGUCUAAGAUUCCCGGGAGUAAUAUCCAGUGAUCCGCCAGGUGGAGGCACUACAGAUUAUGCAAUCGCAAUCUUCCAUGACAUUCUCCGUAGAGGAAAUUACGAGUGUUAUCUAAAACCAGACACGCGGCUUCCCAUGAUGCACGUUAGGGAUGCCCUUCGAGCCCUAUCUGAAUACCUUGAGGCCCCAAUUGAAACACUGAACAGACGUGUUUAUAACGUUACUUCAAUGAGCUUCACGCCGGAAGAAUUGGUAGAAGCCAUCAGCAAAUAUUUACCAGACUUGAAGAUUACUUAUAAGCCGGAUAGUCGGCAAGAUAUAGCUGACUCGUGGCCGCAAGUGUUCGAUGACAGCGAAGCUCGACGUGACUGGAACUGGAAACCUGAAGUUGACCUCGACAACUUGGUCAAGCUCAUGCUGAAGGAAGUCAAAGAAAAAAUAGCUGCGAAUGGUCUUUGACAAUUAUGUAAGAAUAGAAAAGCUUUAAAUAAAAGAUCUGAAGUAUU